CUCAGAAGUGAUCGCAGCAGCGGCGGGGCAGCCUUUUUUUGCGAAUCGGUGAUGUACGCUGCCCUGCUCUCCGGAUGCGUGUUUGCGGCAGCUCUGGCGCCCGCCGUACCGCUCAGUUCCACCCGUAUGUCCGCCUCGCGCAUCAUGCGGCAGCCGGGGCUGAGCUGGACGGGAUUGUACGACGAGCGAGGAAGGCCCGUGACGAUGGACGAGCUCCGCCGCCAUAAAUUCCCUCCCGACGCCGACAAGUAUGGUAAUUGUCCUUGGCGGGACGCUACCGAAUCUCCUACCCAUCCAAUUUGGACCGGACGGCGGUUCUAUGGGGCCGAUGGGCCGGAACCGCUCAAAAAUCCGUGGAACCACAUGAUGAGCCUUUUCUCGGGCUACCGGGAAGGCUCCCUGGGCUCUCAGAGGGAAGGCCUACCAUAUUAUCUGUACCACUACACGUCGUCCGAUGCGGCGGCACAGAUCUUCGAAUCCGGGAAGCUGCUGCCGAGCAUCAAAGAGAACGGCGACGCUAUGGCGGGCGACGGCGUUUAUUUCACGUCGAUUCCUCCGUGGGCGGAGCCCGACGUUCUUCUCGCGAAUAAUUUCGACGGCGUCAGUCGCCGCCCAAAAUAUAGCCGCGCUGAAGCCUACAUAAGAAUCGAGGCGUGGAUGCUCAGCCCAGAUGUUCAAGUCAUGAGGGCCAACGUUCAGCAAAAUAGCAAGGGGCCCAUGAAAGAUAAAGUGCGCGACGUGUACCUUGUGCCCGGUAAGGAGGCGCUUGACCUGUCGAAGUCACAAUACACGCUGCUCAUAACCGAGCCUGAGGCUUGGGCUAAGAGCAACGCGCGAAAAGAAUUGAUCCGGAUGGAGACGGAUAUGGAACGCAAGAGUGAGGAAAUGCUGGCGAUAAAUCGCGAAUCACGCAAAGCCAUGUAUGACGAGUUGCGCGAGGAGGACCCUUGGGUGGACUUCUCAGAGGAGUACGCGAGCCUCGCGGAAGAAGAACGCGAGGCCCAACUCAGACUCCAAUACCCGGAGGAAGAGCGCUGCCUUGAUGGCUGUCUGAGAGGCUGGGUGUAUCAACAGCAGGGCGGCCACUUUCGCUGGGAAAUCAAACAAGCCAAGAAGCAACGCCCUCGAUCGCGGCCGCGGGGUCGAUCUAAGACUAAGUAG